AUGGAUCCUGUGCUCUCGUCUCGUGUGACGUUGCCAUGCGGCGCCGUCAUGCCGAACCGACUGGCCAAAGCACCGCUGGAGGAAAUGUUGUCGACCUUCGGAGGUGGCAAGCCUAAUGCAGACGUGUUUCGUCUGUACAGGGCUUGGGCCGACGGUGGCUGGGGCAUGAUUAUCACGGGCAACGUGGGUGUCGAUCGCAAGCACAUCGGCAUCAUGUUUGAUGUGGUGAUGCCCGAAGAAGGCAAUGAUGCGCGCAAGGCCGAGUACCUUGCCGAAUUUGUCAAGUACGCACGCGCCACCAAGGGCUUUGACGUCGACGAUGCGCGUGCAGAUGCGGUGCCGGCGGAUGGAAGUCGGCCGCUCGCCGUUGUGCAGCUCGUCCACUGUGGCCGUCAGUCGAUGCGAGGCUCGUACCGCAAGCCAUGGGAGCCAUCUUUGGCGCCCUCGGCUGUCCCCGUGCAAUUGUCCCAAGAGAAGCGGACGUGGAUGGACGCGCUCACCUUCGGUACGCCACAUGCCCUCACUGUGGCUGAGAUCCACAGAAUCGUGGAACAAUUUACCCGUGCCGCCGUCUUCAUGGAAAAGGCCGGUUUCGAUGGAAUUGAGCUGCAUGGCGCGCAUGGCUACCUCUUAUCGAGCUUCCUGAACCCCAAGACCAAUUUGCGCGACGACGAGUACGGUGGCGAUGCGGCGCGCCGCUUCCGUAUCAUCCGCGAGAUUAUCGAGUCGAUUCGGCAGCGCGUGUCGCCCUCGUUUGUUGUCGGCAUCAAGCUCAAUUCCAGUGACUUUUGCCAUGGCGGCCAGACGGAGGAGGAUGCUUUGCAGAAUGUCCAGUGGCUCGCCGAGAUGCGCAUGGUCGACUUUGUCGAAGUAAGUGGCGGCAGCUACGAGGCGCCUGUAUUCGCUCAGCAAGCCUCUGAACGUACGCGUCGUCGUGAGGGCUUCUUUGCCGGUUUUGCGAAGCAGGCUCACAGCCGCCUGCCCGCUGGCUCGACAAUGCGCAUUAUCGUGACGGGCGGCUUUGUGUCGCGAGCGGGCACGCGCGACGCCAUCGAAUCAGGUGUGGCGGAUGCUGUCGGCAUGGGUCGUGCUGCCUGUGUGAAUCCACAGCUGCCUCGACUGCUCAUGGACACGAGCGUGCCGGACGACGAAGCCAAGGUCGACGCUGCGUUUACGCCGCCGCCGCCACCCUCCUUCAUGCCCAAGAUCCCUUUGGCCGGUUUCGGCUGGGGUACCGUUUGGCAUGACAUGCAGCUGCAUCUCACGGCUCACGGUCAGCCGACCGAUCCACGCCCGAAUGGCUGGGCCUUUGUCCGUCAAUUGCACUGGUGGAACUGA